CUCUCCCAUUUUUCUUCAUGUUUCUCAACGAAACUCGCUUCUGUACGAGCAGAAGAAACCGUGUUUUUCACUCUAUAAUUGAUGGAGUAGUUCUUUGUCUUUUGCGAUGCUGAUUGGAGUUAGUUCAAUGGAGUUUGGAUUUCUUGGUGUUUUAUCGGCUGUUUUCUCUUUUCUGCGGCUUGGUCUGAGUUUGCAUGUCAUUUCUGCCGAAGAGCGGUGUGAUUAACGGCCGAUUAAUUUCAUCUUUUUUUCUGAAGAUUGUUGAAGUUUUUCCUGCCGUACACAGAAUAAAAUCAGAUGGGGGACUGCGAAUCAAUUAUACCAACCUCUGAAGGAGAGCAGCAUGUCAUAGCUGCAUUUCAGCACCUAGCCAAGUUAUUAAGAACAAGCCAGAACGUGAAUGAUGAAUUGAAAAGGCUCCUUACCGAUCUUGAUUCUCAUUUGACUUCCAUGACUCUGUAUACUCAUUUAGAGGAUGGGAAGUUGAAUGAGCUAGAAUCGAGAUUCAAAUCUGCUGAGGAGAAGAUUAGGAGAUGGGAAUCUAACGAAUCCAUGAUAUGGGAUUCUGGACCCAAGGAAGCUUGUGAAUAUAUGAAGGCUGUUGAUGAAAUUCAUAAAGUUCAGGAAGGUCUAAUAAGUCUGCCAGUAAAUGACGGUAGGAAGCAAAAGGAUCUUCUUUGCCAAGCUGAGUCUGUCAUACAGUUCGCAAUGGCAAGGCUAGAGCAGGAACUAGUCCAUAUUCUUGCUCAACACAAACUAUAUUUUGAGCCCAACUGUGUUCCCUUCCAGUCUGGUGGGUAUGAUGUUGUCUAUAACGAGUCCUUUGCUUCAGUUGAGGACAGUUUGGAGGAGGAAACUUCCCAGAGAGAGAGUAUUCCUGCUGUAUGUAUAGUAAACAUGGUCCAUCCACACGUGAUCCCUCAUCUUAAAUCCAUCGCAAAUGCUAUGUUUACUUCAAAUUAUAUUCAGGAAUUCUCCCUGGCUUUUGUUAGAAUGCGGAAAGAUGCGUUGGAUGAGUAUUUGCUCAUUCUCGAAAUGGAGAGGCAUAGCAUCGGUGAUUUGCAGACCAUGGAAUGGGAUGUCUUAAACGUGAAAAUCAAGAAAUGGAUUUGGCUGAUUAAAGUUGUUAUUCGAGUCUACCUUGCUAGUGAACAAAGACUUUGUAACAAUAUAUUUGAAGGCUUUGGAUCUUAUAGUGCAACCUGUUUUGCUGAAAUUUCAGCAACUUCUAUGCUCUGCCUAUUGAAUUUUGGCGAGGCCAUAGCUAUGACAACUCGUCGACCGGAAAAGCUGUUUCGCUUGCUUGACAUGUACGAGGUACUGGAAAAUCUUCUUGGGGAUAUAGGUGCAUUAUUUUCAGAAGACACAGAAAUGGGUUCUUUUCUCAAAGCUGAGUUCCAUAAUCUUUUCAUGAAAUUAAGUGAUUCUGCAAGGGCCACGUUUGUAGAUUUUGGAAGUCUCAUUGCACGUUCCAUAUCAACAAGCCCUUUUCCGGGUGGUGGUGUUCAUCAUCUCACUAAGUAUGUUAUGAACUACAUUAGGACCCUCACUGUCUACAGAGACUCGCUUGUUUUCCUUCUCCGAGAUGAAGCAGCAGAUGGCUUAGGUCCAGCUUCUGAGCUGCUGAACGAAAUCAAUAGUAUGCCUUGCCCAUUGGCUUUCCACCUUCAGUCGAUCACUUCACAGUUAAUAUCCAAUCUGAACAACAAAUCCAAGUUGUACAAUGAUGAUGCUCUACGACAUAUUUUUUUAAUGAAUAACAUUCAUUAUAUGGUUCAAAAGGUUAAAGGCUCUGAACUCAGAGCCUUUUUUGGAGGUGAGUGGAUACGAGAACAUAACAGAAUGUUACAGAUCCACGCCAACAUCUAUAUGAGAGUCACCUGGCAGUCGGUUAUUUCUCUGCUCAAGCUUGAUGGUGAUGGAACCAACACUCCGAAGGCAGUUUUUAAAGAAAAGUAUAGGGCCUUCAAUGUAGCUUUUGAGGAGAUAUAUAAGAACCAAACUGGAUGGAAUGUCUCAGAUCCUGAACUACGUGAUGACUUGCACAUUCUAACAUCAAAUUGUGUAAUUCAAGCAUAUAGAUUCCUCUGCAACUUAAAGUCUCAAUUUAACUGUGAAAAGUACAUCAAAUACACCAUCGAUGAUCUGAGCAAGCAUAUACUGGAUCUCUUUCAAGGCUCACCGCGUUCGUUGCAAAGUUCACGCCGGAGAUGAAAGCUUCUGCUGGUAAUGGUUUUAGAAUUCAUUUGCCCCUUUCCACGUUCAUAUCUUCAUUUUCUGGCUGUCUUUUUAGGCACUUCUUAUUUAUAUUGUUUGAUAGUUGUCAUUCAUGCUUAAGACUCUAGCCAAAUAUUCGGAGUACCUACAGUACCUAUUGUAUUCGUUUAUACUGAAUCCUAAUUUCGUAUAUGAAAGGUCACAAAUAUUGAUUAUCAUCAGCAGUUUUGUGGGAGAAACCGCCGACCAUAAUACUUUUUCUUUUUCUGUU